GGAACUACAUCAGUUAGCAACAGAUUCGUUACAGGACACAUUCAGUCUCCCAGCAGCUAGUCUCCGCAAUGGCUUUCAAAAUCUUCGUCACUUUGGCCGUCCUGGGUGUUGCCAAUGCCGUGCUGCUUCCAACGCUGGUUAAGAAGGUAGAGCUGGAAGCUCCCGCCGAGUACCAGUUCUCGUACUCCGUGCAUGACGAACACACCGGAGACAUCAAGAGCCAGCAGGAGGAACGCCACGGUGAUGAUGUUAAGGGACAGUACACGCUGAUCGAUGCCGAUGGUCACCGUCGCGUUGUGGACUACACCGCCGAUGAGCACAACGGAUUCAACGCCGUCGUCCGCCGUGAGCCACUGACGGGACACAAGCUGGUUAAGACUGUGGUUCCGGUGGCCAAGGUAGCCGUACCGGUAGCUCACUACAUUGCUCCAGCUCUGAAGGUUGCCGUGCCCGUUGCCAAAUAUGCCGUCCCGGUUACCAAGGUUGUUGCCCCGGCCCAUGUAGCCACUGUGAGCUUCUCUGCACCAAGCCUUACCUACCACUACUAGGGAUCGUUGCUGCGAUGUUCGUAUAGUGUCAGUACUUCUCUAAUAAACUUAGCAUAUCAACUUUCCAUUUUCA